ACUCGUGGCCAUCCGACAAACGUACAAGCGGCGCGCUGACUCGCGUGCGUUGGGUAACAAAUAUACGCUGUUUCGAGGUAUUAUUGUUAUAUAUUGCACAACGUGUAUAAGUGUUUCGAGUGAAACUGUAUUGUAUACCCACGGAUAUAGGGGGAAUAAGCCGCAGUGGUAUAUGGUAUAGGAGGAGGUCGCGGUUUGUAAUAUCAAGUGAUUCCGAAGCUUCGACAUGCGUCUCGCCGAGAUUAUCGCCGCCUGCUGGUGCUGCUACUUGGGUCUCGUUGAGCCGAUCUCCGCUCGCGGCUACCAAGAAAAAACACGUUUUGACCGUUCGGUCGAUGAUACGUGGGACCACGAGGCGGAAGCUUAUCACAUAACAAUCGACGACAAGCCUAGAAUUUUUACGGAUUCUGCAACGCACUAUUCGGCCUUCAAAGAUGCGGGGCAGAGCGUGUGUUACCUGGAAAAGCUGAAAAACGACUUAGCCGACGUUAACAGAUGGAGGGACGUGAUCCGCGACAAUAAAAGAACCAUCCACGCCUCCGAUCCCCGCCUGAUCACCAAAUUUGAGGCGUGGCGUUUGGCAGGAGAUCGAGUGGUCGAUUUCUGCCACGGCAUGACGAUGAUCCUGCUCCAGGAGUCCGAACCUCGUCAUCCCUUGCAUCCAUCGCGCAACGAGCUGCCGAAAGAUGUUGCGGUGCACAAACGCAGAGCCAAUGUUUUGCCAACGGACCUGGACGCGGCAGUUGGUGGACGAGGUUUCAGAAAAGAGCGGGUAUCGUCGCGCAAAAAGCGAGACGCUGCACCUUACCGUGGAAAAUUUCGCGGACAAACGCAGUCGCAGUACCUCAACGUUGGCGGUAGCGAUAACAACCAAAGGGAAGGCAAAGCCGAGGCCGAGGCCACUCAGCAGUCUUCACGCGCAGUAGUCAGUGGGAGCAGUGGAAUGGGUCAAGCUCAAAGUAUGUCAUCCGGGGCGGACGGUUGCGAAGGAUGUCCAGGAUACGAUAGGAUAGUUAUACGUCUUGAGCCUUGAUGCAAAAGGAAUGAAAAUCAUGAUAUAGAAGUAAAAUAAAAUUUUUACCACAUAAA